CUCUGCACAGACCGUCACGGGGAGAAAGGUCACACAUCCUCUGCCUCCGCCUCACUGCCCAGGAUCAGCUCCAUCCCCGUGGGAUGCCCGAGGGUCCGGGCUCGCUGCGCUGCGGGCUCUGAGCAGCCCUGCCAGGAGGAUGCUCCUGCCGGGGCUGUCCUUGGGAACGCGCUCCCGUGGAGGACGCGGGAAUAGCGAGACGCUGCUCCCCGGAAAAGCAAUCUGCGGAGGCGCUUCCCUCGGCUGCCGGCUGCUGCCUGUCCCCAGGCCGGCGGGCGGGGGGCGCGGGCCCCCCAGGUAAGGUGCCGAGGGUUCGCUGCCCCACGGCCGGCUCUGCGGGAUGCUCGGCAUGACUGCUCCGUCCUCCUCUGCCCUGCCGGCAGCCGAUCGGCCAGCGUGCUGCGAGGCUGCUCGGUCCCCAGGCAGCUGCUUCACCUUGAAGCCUGCGAGCGAUGUUUAGGCAGUGGAGGAGAUGGGCUAAUUUCCAAAAGCCUGCAGGACAUCCUGACUCCCAGUCGUGCCAACGGAAGCAGAACCAUCCCUUCCUGAGUGCCGGACCCAGAGGUGACGGGGCGUGAUGGGACAAAGCCAUGGUGUGGUAGGCAAUGCUGGGGACUGAAACUGCUGGGCAGCAUCUGCUGUGGGUGCCAGCUCAGUGCCUGCCCAGGCUGAGGUGACUUUGAGGCUACAGAGCUGUGUGGAGGGGGUGAGGAGAGGUGCUGUAUCAGGGCAGGGAGGCUGGGGCAGGAAGCCCAUGCUCAGGAGUCUGGGGGGCAGGAAUGGGCAUAAGGAUUGGCCAGUCAUUAGUGGGAAAACAGGUCCCAGUCUGGAGCUGGAAGGUGCUCUUUGCACAAAGGGAAGUGGCUGUGAAAUCAUGGCCAGAGGUGCAAGAUGACCCCACAGAAGUGGAGUUUUAAAAUGCAAGUGAACAAACAGCAAGAACCAGUCAGGGAUAAAUACAGAUCUUCCUCUCCAGGGCACCAACUCCAUAGGGACCCCAUAUCCUGCUGAAAGUAAAGCCACACCUAUAAGGACCCUUCAAGGCCCCUGAGACUCUGUCACAGACCUCUCUAGUCCUUACAUCGCAACAGAUAAUCCUAAUGCACAGAUGUCCAUGGACAGAGGACACAGGGGAUGCCAUAUCUGGCACAUCCCUGGUUGGGCCAGGGUGAAUGGCUGGCGUGGUAACAGCUGGGACUCUUCCCUCCAUGUGCAUCCUUCCAGCACCAACCCUCCUAUCACCACUCUGGGCAUCAUCACCACCCCUGACACCCCACUGCCACCAAGGUCAGAGCAGAAAGGAAUGCUGGGGACAAGGGAUGUUCCUGUUCUGGGACCUCACCAGUCCUUCCCCACCAGGGGAGGGAGGCAGGAAGGUGAGGGGCACGGCAGUGACCUGCCUGGAGCCAUUUCCUUCAGUGUUGCUUCCUUCCAUCCCCUCCUGGGUUCUGACCCCGGAAACUGUCAGAUUCCUCUUCCCUCACACCAGAUUGCAGUGGCUGUUCUGGUGUCCUGGUCCUGUCCUUACAGCAAACUGACCCUGGGUUGGGAUGUGGCCCUAGACUGGACACUGUCUCCCUCAAAGCCAGGUCCGCCCUGGCCCCAGCAGUCCCUGUUUGUAGGAUUCACAGAAUUCACAGGAUCCAGCAGCUCCGCUCCCCAGGCCAGCCUGAUGCAGCUGGUGAUGUGACGUGGGACAAGCACGGCUGCACACAAAAGGCACAGUCCCUGGCCAGAGCAUCUCCCAGCUCUUUGCUCCCCAUUGCACCCCUCUGCAAACUCAGCCAGUGUCCCUCAGGAGGAGCCUGAGGCAGCAUCAUGUUCCAAGCAAGGGCUCAGAGGUGGCCAGAAGUGAUGUCCCCAAAGGUGCAUUCAGGGGGAGGGAGGGAGGGCAGGCAAGUCUGGACUUCCCUGCUCGAGGUCUCUGCACACCAGCACGGAUGGGCACUGAUGAGUGACCAGGGACAUCUGCUCUGCACGUGUGGGUGUACACCCGCCGUGUACCCCAGCGGGCGGGCAGGAGGAGAGUAGGGGUCAGUCCCAGGAGGGCAGCAGACUUAGGUGGGUGCAACAAGGUACAGGGGACAGCCUGCUGCCCGGGUGGCACAGAGCUGAAAAAUGCCCUGGGUCAAGCAGUGUGUUCUGACUCCCUCUGCUCCUGGUCUAUCUCUACCAACUCAUGCCUCAUUUUCCACCAGCACCUUCAUUUUCGUGCUGUAGGUCUCCACACGUCUGUGUCCCCUCCCAUGCUCUCCCUUCAAAUGUAAGCUGGUGCUUUGGCAGAAGGGAGGAAGAGCAGCCAUGCUGGCAGGUGGGAGCACGCUGGGGUCCAGUUGUGCACCAUCAGAGGUAGGUAAGGGUCAGGACAUGUCAGCAGUGCAAACUUCUCUGCUCCUAGGAGCCUGGGCCAUGGCACAUCCUUACACAACAUCCCUACUGUGUUCCUCCUAUCCUGGGUGAGGCACCAUGGCCAGGAUAGUCCCUUCAGUCUCCAUCAGAGUUUUCUGCAUAAGGAAAAGCCCGGGGGGUAGGUGUGGUUUCCAGAGCUAUAUCCUGGGUGUCCUACUUAGUUGCAGCUGGCACAGGCAGGUGUGUGACUGGUAGAGCCAAGCCAGCAGCAUGGGGAGGUCUGUGGGCAGCAGAAGGAAAGUGCUGCAAGGCUUUUCUGGGGCCAUCCCUGAGCAUGAGUUCCUUGGUGUUGUGAUGCUUUGGAGGCAGAGGAUACACUGCAUCCCAGCAUCUCAGCUUCCUCUUUCUACCCUGAGUGGGGUCCUUUGUCAUGACCGAAUUCGAGUGGAACCAAAGAAGCCGUUUUGCAAAGGAAGUGCAUCAGCACCUUUCCUGCAGCAUCCAGGGGCAUUUCAUGACCAAGGCAGAACCUGGCAGGAGGAAGAAGGGACUUACUGCUGAAAUCCUCUGAAAUGCCCAUCAAAUCUCUUAAAUCAUGCUGGGCCACAGUUCACUGAAACGAGCAGCACACAGGGAGCUCCUGGCCUCCACAGAAGCCUUUGUUCCAUAUCCCUUUGGCAGCUGGAGUUUGUGUCUUGCAUGAAAUCAUGUGUUGGUUGAAAGGUUCCCAUUCUCUUUGGGGAAAACGAGCCAAGAUCCAGCCCCCAAAGGCCGGUUCUGUCCUGGGUCUCCUGCUCACUGUGCAGAGGAUCAGGAUGUGCUGUGGUGCCUCCUGGGUCCAGCGAGGGACCCUGGACAGCCCAGCUGUCACAGCCCCAUUGCUUUGCUCCUUUGGGGUCCUGGCAGAUUUGUGGAGGUUCCCUGCAUCCUAUGAGGUCUGUGAGGGUCCAUCUGUCUCCAUCCUCCCUGCCACAGGUGCCCAGCAGCUGGGGAGGUUGGGAGGGAGUGUGGGCACACAGAUGUCACUGACACAUUCCCGGUGGCUUCCAUGUGCGGGUGGCCCUGUGGCAUCUGUCCCAAUGCCACACUGAGCUUGUCCCUCACCUGUCCACCAGUGGCAGAGGAGCAGAACAGUGAGGAAAUAGUGAGAUCAGGCCAGCAAAAGGCAGGAAAAGCAGCUCCAGGGGUUUGCAUCUUGGCUCUAUCUUCAGGAACUCCUUAAGCUCAAAGACACCCAGAGGGGACAGGUGCCCUCCACACUUAGAGGGCAGAUACAGUCCCAGACUCAUGAAGCUUCUGCAUGUCUGACAGCUUGAUACUCCAGCACAGAACCCUGUUUGUUUACUCUGGCUCCUACUGGAAGCAAGUUUAUGCAAACACCUUGUUAACUGCUGGUCAUCCCAGGAAUUCCUGAGCUCUGUCAGGGGCAGGUGGGAAGGAAGGGGAGUGCAUGGUGGGGCUGCCUCUAGGCUUUACUGAUGUAUUCUUUCAUCCCACAUAGGGCAGGGAGCAAUUCCUCAGCCUAUCCUCUGGCCACUGUAGGAUCGACAGCUGCUUCUCCUCUGAUGGCUCCAUGAUUUCCCAGGAGCUGAGGGCUGCUCGUGUGUCCCUGCUGUGCUUCAGGACGAGGGCUCUGUGGCUGCUGCAGCAUGGUCCAAGCCUGCUUGGUGUGCUCCAGAGUUCAUAGGGGCAGCCUGGCAGCCCGGGCAGCUGCAGAGGACAUGGACAAGCCGGACAAGCCCAGCCCCUCUGCCAAGAAGCACGUGCGUCUCCAGGAGAGGAGGGGCUCCAAUGUAUCCCUAGUGCUGGACAUGAGCUCUCUCGGGAAUGUGGAGCCCAUCCAGCCUGUCUGUACGCCACGGGACAUCACGCUGAAGUUUCUGAGGACAUCCAGCCACAUGCUGAAGAAACAGGAGCUCCAGCAACACGCCCAGAGCCUGGCACAGCUCCAGGAGGAGUUUUCGAAAAUUCCACCCAACUUCGUGAGUCCGGAGGAGCUGGAAAUCCCUGGACGUGCUUUCAAGGACAGAUACAAAACCAUUCUCCCCAAUCCUGAGAGCCGAGUCUGCCUCAGGAGAGCGGGGAGCCAGGAGGAAGACAGCUACAUCAAUGCCAACUACAUCACAGGCUACGCGGGGCGGCCCCGGGAGUACAUUGCCACGCAGGGACCCAUGCUCAACACCGCCACCGACUUCUGGGAGAUGGUGUGGCAGGAGGAGGCUCCUCUCAUCGUCAUGAUCACCGAGCUCCAGGAGCGUAAGGAGAAAUGCGUCCACUACUGGCCCGAGAAGGAGGGCACCUAUGGCCCCUUCACCAUCCACGUGCAGGGGGUGAGCGAGUCUGUGGAGUACGUGGUCCGGGAUCUCUCCAUCCAGCUUGGGAAGGAACGCCGCAAGGUCAAACACAUCCUCUUCCCUUCCUGGCCGGACCAGCAAACACCUGAGUCAGCCAAGCCCCUGCUGCACCUGGUGUCCAAGGUGGAGGAGGCUCUGCAGACUGCAGCCAGCCCAGGGCCCAUCGUGGUGCACUGCAGCGCAGGCAUCGGCCGCACCGGCUGCUUCAUCGCCACCAGGAUCGGGUGCCAGCAGCUGCGGGACCAGGGGCAGGUGGAUGUCCUGGGCAUUGUGUGCCGGCUCCGCAUAGACAGAGGUGGGAUGAUCCAGACCAGCGAGCAGUACCAGUUCCUCCAUCACACACUAGCUCUCUACGCUUCCCAGCUGCCAGACGGGGGAGGCCGCUAGUGCAGGGCUCCCACUGGGCUUGUGGCUCCCUGCUCUGACCUCUCCUGCACCAGCCUUGGGGACACCUUCACCAAAACCUCUCCAUGCCACAGAGCAGCUGCAGGAACAUCCCUUGGGGUGAUGAGCUAACCCACGGGGGCUGCGGCUUUGGCCCCUGGGGACGAGCAAGGUGAGGUGGUGCAGUGGGCGCAGUGGGUGCUCGAGGUGGCCGCUGCUGCUGGCUCCAGGCAGAUUUCACCCAUAGAAAAAGCCAAAGCUUUUGAGAGGUGCAAGAUCCUGAACCAGAAGAGCAAGCUGUGUGGAGGAACUGCAGCUGGCACAUGCCAGGAGUGUGGUUUGCCUUUCAGCUGCACACAAAUGUUCACCCCGUUAGACACAGGCCAGUGGAGCUGCCCUGGAAUAAACAGAGCCUCUGUCCUGGCUGUGCAUCCUUUGUGGGCAGGGCUGAGCUUGCUCCAAACAUGCACCACGAAGCUCUUCUUGCUAAAGACACACCUUGAUGCUUGGUGCAGGGUCGGCUAAGAGCGUUCCACAGCUUGCUUUCCUCUCCACCUUCAGCCAACACCUUCUCAAUAGCCUUAGAGUGGAAUCACAGAAUUAUUAAGGUUGGAAAAGACCUCCAAGAUCAUCGAGUCCAACAUCUGAUCAAACCCCUCUGUGCCCACUAAACUGGAUCAUGAAUUGCCAUGUGUAGUUGUUUCUUGAACACCUCCAGGGAUGGUGAGUCCACCACCUCCCUGGGCAGCCUGUCCCAGUGCCUGACCACCCUUUCAGGGAAAAAAAAUCCCCAAUAUCCAACCCAAACUUCCCCUCUGUCUAGCAGGGGAGGUUCCCAAGCGCAGUUUGCAAAUGAUGUGUUCCCAGUUGCCUUCUGUUACAGGAGGGUGGGGAUUUUGAAUUCAUGGGGGGUUUUUUUCUGAAAUCAGAACAAAAGAAUGUUUGGGUUUUGUUAGGUUGUCUUUUUAACAGAUUGGAUUCAGGGGGAAGAAACAGAAGACAGAAAAUGUUGUUGUAAAGCAUGGAGAUGGAAA